CCUGCUUUUCCCUGUCUUCGGCUUGAGUCGUCUGUUCGUAUGUUACUGCACUAUUAAAUACCACUUGGAGUACCGUUUCUUCCCUCGGCACGGUACGCGGGUACCGUACACCGUACCCCAGGACGCUACAGUCGUGUCCAGAACGACGAGGAAGUUAGUGGGGGGAGUCGUUGUGUUGUUUUGAUUAUAAAUAGGCAUGUGGUCCCUUCCCUGGCUACCAGGUGGUUGAUAAUGGAUUAAGUCAGUGUUUCUCUCUGGCUGUGAAGGAACGGAUGUUAGUGCAAGCAUCCAGCAUCAUCCGACAUCACUGUGCAAGCAUCCAGCUUCAUCCGACAUCACUGUGCAAGCAUCCAGAAUCACCCGACAUCACUGUAUCUCCAGCCAUAGCAUUUCGCCAUUAUGUUUCCUCUCAGCCACUCACGUGCCUUGCUGUUUGUGUUGCUGAGUUACGAUUGGGCGUCCGGAGGCCUCAGCGCCGUCAAGGAGGAGAAGAAGGAGGAGUUUGCAGGGGAGGUGAAGGAGACGCCACUGACGGCCAUCCAGAUUGCCAAACAUCUCUUCUACCACUUCUCAGAGGAGGAGCCGAGAGGCCUACCAUUGCUCAAAUUGGCAGACCCGAUGGCGUUCCCGGAGUCCUACCACCUCACCAAUUCCCUCAGCCUCUGUGACCAGAACCUGUUUGGCCUGUCCAACCUCACUGUGGAGGCAGCCUCCUUCAACCUCUCCUCCCUCACGGUGCAGAUCGACGCGAGGCUUCCGGUGUUGUCGUCCUUCGGUCGGUACCUGUGGAAGGCGACGAUGUUCUGGAGCGGCGACGAGUCGGGGACGACCAAUAUCAGUCUCCACGACGUGCAGCUGUCGUUCCGAUCAGGCGUCCGACCCGACCACACCGGCCGACUUGUCAUGGACGCCGACGACACGGAGCUGGAGAUGACCUACGACAAGAUAGUGGUGAACUUCGAGAAUCUGUCCACUACGUAUCUGCUAGGCGUUAAGGCUGCUAUUCCAAUCUUCCUUCCCAGCCUCGUGACCUUACAGGUGAAGGAGUGGCUGGUGGAGGUCAUUAAUCCCGAGCUUCACCUGGUGGCCGACGGCUGGUUCUUCCCGGACUCUACUCCUCCAUUGGACUUUAUGAUGACAAAGGUGAGACUCCUCCUUCGAGACUCGGAUAUGGAGCCUUGGUACGUCGGUAAUACGUCUGUCUACCUGGGCCUGGGUAUUACCCUCCAGAUGGACCAGGUUGUUGUGUCUGGCCUCAGCACCGUGCACAGGACCAGAGAUUGUGUCAUCAAGCUUGUGGAUAACACUUUCAUCGCUCAAGCAGAGGUAGGGGCGCACGAGGUGAAGGUGACAGGUGUGUGGUGGGUGCCAUACCUGCCAGGUGCCUAUGGCCGCCUGGACAUCAACAUUGACACCUUCAGUGCCAUCUUCGAGCUCCACCAGAGGGCCCAUAUGAGAAGUCCGCCUGUGCUUCGAACCCUGGAUGGCAAAAUUGGUAACAUGGAGUUCCGGUCCUCAGGUAUGGGCUCAUUUGAUUACCUGCUGGAAGCUGCUAUCAACAUCUUACCUAACGUCUUCAGAAACGAGAUCCUGAACAGAUUCGAACCCCAGUUAUGGAAGGCGGUCCAGGAGCAGCUCAACACCGUAGACCUUCGACAGGCACUCCUGCAGCUGGUGUCUGUAGGGAACCUCGAACCUCAUCACCUCUCCCACCCACUACAGGGAAAGAUGAAUCAAUAUGAUCAGCUGAAUAAAUAAUAUUGGAAAAUAUUUGA